AUGGCUCAUUCAGCGUUUGGCAUCACGUAUGAAGCAGUAGAUAGUCAAGGGGACGAUCACCGUAUCCGAACUUUGACUUUGACGCCUAGCCAAGAUCCCUCUGAGCCUAUCCACAUCAGCUUGUCAGUUGCCAAGCUCAAUGAUGAUCCGUCCUUUGAAGCGCUGUCUUACUGCUGGGGAGACGCCACGGACAAGUUGCUCAUCUUUUGUAAUGGAGUGCCCUUCCCCGUCACCAAGAACUUGGAGUCUGCGCUGCGCCAUCUGCGCCAGACCGAGGAUGAGCGAACUUUGUGGAUCGAUGCGAUCUGCAUCAAUCAGGACAAUAUUCCUGAACGAAACUACCAAGUCAGCAUCAUGAAAGACAUAUAUCGAAAGGCUCGUCAUGUCGUGAUCUGGCUAGGAGAUGCAGGCGAAGACCUCUACGGUCCCAAUAAGAAGAAGCUGAUGAAUCAGAGGCUUGCAGCAGCCAAGAGGCGCCAUGAACUGGCUAAAAGUACGAUGGGCAUCGGUGAAGUCAACAGCGAUGCCGCCAUAUCUGGCACGACCGUGCAGUCUCCAGCAGCAUCUCACAGGCGAGUGGACGUAACCGACGGUGCAGAAGCAGACGACAAAUCGGAUGCUACUUCUAAAGAGAUCACCGCUUUUUUCCGACUGCUAUUGCGCCCUUGGUUUAGCCGCUGCUGGGUGGUACAAGAAGCCUGUCUGGCCCAAGAAGCUUCGGUGCAGUGCGGCAACAAGUCCAUUGGCUGGCCUGAGUUCUACAUGGGGUUCAUACUAUCUAUUAUCAUGGGGACAAAGGGGCUUGAGGGAAGACCCGAUCGAAUUCUCAGGGGCGGCUUGGUCUCGAUUAUGAUGGUCAAAGGCGAGAUGUUGUUUGCGGAUCCGACACAGCAGGGAGUAGAUCUACUUUGGCUUCUUCGAAAGGUGCUGCCGCUCAAUGCAACAGACCCGCGAGACAAAAUAUACUCAAUUCUUGGUCUUGUCAAAGGUGACGUAGCACAGGAAUAUGGCAUAACGCCCGACUAUACCUUGUCGGUGGAAGAAUGCUAUAAGAAGGCUGCCAUGGCAGUCAUGUCUCAAACGGAGAAUCUGGAUGCUCUUGUUCUCGAUCACGCAACAUCGUCGCCUCUGAAGUUGCCGUCCUGGGUCCCAGACUGGAGUCAUUUGCCAUCUCCUGCUCCCGUCAUCUUUGCCCUGGACUCGGAAAAGAUGAAAGAACCAGUGCCCAUCAACGCCUCAAAGUCUCAACGGUGGAUCCCUGUUCUCAAAGACGACGGCGGGACACUUUGUUUAUCGGGAUAUGACUUUGAUCAGAUCGUGGAGCUAGAGGACAUCCUUACCGUCCCCCGGAUAGACCAAGUGGAUCUUGCCAGCAUGACCUCGUCAGUGGCUGAUUUCAAGAACUUCUGGAAAUCAUUUUUGUUGGGUCUCGGCACCUAUUUUGAUACACUAGUCAAGUGGGAGCAGCUUGCAAUGUCCAAAAGAUACGCAGCUUACCCGACUGGCGAAACCCAGGAGAUGGUGUUCGCCAUAACAAUGUGUACUGGCAACGUCGAGAGCCCCGAGCUUGCAGUAAAGAGGUUCAGGAAAUGGCAAAAGUCUCUUCGUGGGCCUCGACUCAUGUCUGGUUUCAAAUACUUGGGUAUGAAAGGUGGGUUUUACAAGUCGCUUGUCGCAGCAGCGAGCAUAGGCUCAGGUAUGAGUACCGCCGACGAUAGGGUGUACGCAACAGGGACUGAAAAAACAUUGUAUCGUCGCUUGGCGAGGACCAAGAAGGGUUAUCUGGCUGUUGUUCCGAGCCAGAGUAGAGUGGGGGAUCAGAUCAGCUUAUAUGAGGGCGGCAAGUUUCCUUUUGUUGUCCGUACUAGAACAGGGCAGGGCCCAAAGCAAUUGGUAGGGCCGUGCUAUGUCCAUGGAAUCAUGUAUGGGGAGGCAUGGGAUCAGUCGUUGUGUCAAGCCGUUGAAAUUAUUUAG